AUGCAAUGGGAUAAGAGCGCCGCUUUUGUUCUGCCGGAGUACUUGAAGAAGUUCUAUGCGGAGAUGCUGAGGACAUUUGAGAAUAUUGAGGCUGAAAUGCCAGCCAAUACGAACUACGAUAUAGCACACCUAAAAAAAGCGGUCCAAAAUAACGUGACUGGUUACCUGGAAGAAGCGAAAUGGUCACACAGGAACCACAAGCCAAGCUUUGUAGAUCAGGUCAAGUUGACUAGCCUGAACAUCGGCGUGCCAACAAUAUGUGUGAGUAUGAUGGCUGGAAUGAGUGAUGCAAUGAUGAAGCCAGCACUCAAAUGGGCUGCUAGUGUUCCGGACGUCGUCAUAUUAGUCGGGAAGAUUUACCAUUUCAUGAAUGAUAUCGGUGCAUUUGAGCGUCGAAAAUGCAAGGGGGAUCUGGCAAGCACCGUAGAGUGUUACAUCAAUGAGUACAACGUGACAAGUGAAGUGGCCAUUACCAAAAUUGUUGCCCUGAUAGAACAAGAAUGGAAGACCCUGAACCAAGCUCGCUUUGAAAAUCAUCUUCUCCCUGCAUUGCAGCAGUUCAUUAGCUUAGCGAUUAGCACAACAUUUUUCUAUGGUAACAGAAAUGAUGUAUACACGCACAGCGCACAUAUGCAGUGGACUAUUGAGAGGCUCUUCCUGAAGAAUAUGUAG